GUCCACUCCGACCUGCACUCACGCGUCGGCGGCAGCGCUCCCUCACAAACACUCGCUCGCUCAGAACAUCCACCAGCAUGGCAACUACAGGCCGCCCCCGCGCCAUGUCCGGCACCAUCCCCUCGAUGGAGUCGUCCGCGCACGAGUCCCUCACGGACAACACUAUCAUCGUCGUGCUCGGUGCGUCCGGCGACCUCGCGAAGAAGAAAACGUAUCCCGCCCUCUUCGGCCUCUAUCGCAUGGGCUUCCUGCCCCGCGAUGUCAAAAUCGUAGGCUAUGCGCGCACUAAGAUGGACGCUGCCGAGUACCACAAGCGCAUCACCUCCUACAUCAAGGUCGCCGACGACGAUGCCGAGGGCAAGGCCUCCGUUGAGGCCUUCAAGGGCUUCAGCUCCUACGUCUCCGGCGGGUACGAAGACGGCCCCUCGUUUGAGAACCUGAACAAGACCCUCGAGGAGAUCGAGUCCAAGUACCAGUCGAAGGAGCGCAACCGCCUCUUCUACCUCGCACUCCCCCCGAGCGUCUUCAUCCCCGUCGCGCAGCACCUCAAGGAGCAGUGCUACUCCAAGGAUGGCAAGAACCGUAUUAUCGUCGAAAAGCCCUUCGGAAAGGACCUUGACUCGUGCCGCACCCUCCUCAGCUCGCUCAAGCAGCACUGGACAGAAGACGAGACGUUCCGUAUCGAUCAUUAUCUUGGGAAGGAGAUGGUCAAGAACAUCCUCGUUCUCCGCUUCGCCAACAUCGCGCUCAACGCGGCUUGGGACAAGAACUCGAUCAGCAACGUACAGAUCACUUUCAAGGAGCCCUUCGGCACUGAGGGCCGCGGCGGCUACUUCGACGAGUUUGGUGUUAUUCGUGAUAUUCUCCAGAACCACUUGCUGCAGGUUCUGAGCAUCCUCACCAUGGAACGGCCCGUGUCUUUCUCAGCGGAGGACAUCCGCGACGAGAAGGUCAAGGUUCUCCGCGCGAUUCCGCCCAUUGAGCGCAACGACACGCUCCUCGGCCAGUAUGUCGCAGCGAAUGGCAAGCCCGGGUACCUCGACGAUGACACCGUUCCCCACAACUCGGUCUGCCCGACGUACGCCGCGACCACGUUGUGGAUCCACAACCCCCGGUGGGAGGGCGUCCCCUUCAUCCUCAAGGCCGGCAAGGCGCUCAACGAGGCGAAGGUCGAGGUGCGGAUCCAGUUCAAGGACGUCACGCAGGGCAUCUUCAAGGACAUCUCGCGCAACGAGCUCGUGCUGCGCAUCCAGCCGUCCGAGGCUGUGUACCUCAAGCUCAACACGAAGACCCCUGGUCUGAACACACGCGCGAUCCCAACGGAGAUGGACCUCACGUACAAGCGUCGCUUUACCGAGGUCAAGAUCCCCGAGGCGUACGAGGCACUCAUCCUGGACGCGCUGCGCGGCGACCACUCCAACUUCGUCCGUGACGACGAGCUCGAGGUUGCGUGGAAGAUCUUCACACCCAUCCUGCACUGGAUAGACGGCAAGAACGGUCCUGCACCCAAGCCGGUGCCAUACCCGUACGGCUCGCGGGGCCCCAAGGAGCUUGACCCCUUCAUCUCGAAGUACGGGUACAAGCGCACGGUCGCCGAGUACACGUGGCCUCUCAUGAACAUCUCGUCUCUCUGAGGAACCGUCGUCGCGCAGGUGUACGAGUAGCGCAGUCUACAACAACAAGGAAGUGUCCGAGCAAUCAUCCAAUAUCAAUAUCUGCAACCAUCGCAUGCUGUGUAGGGGAGACCAGUAGGAAUCAGGCGGGAGUCGAGACGUAUCGGGAACUGGGUAGCUGGGCUGCUGGCUCUGUAUAUGCAUCUGUAGGGAAGUAAUCGCAAGCAAGACAUAGAAGGCGAGCUGUAUUGUCCGUGUAUGGUGUUGUAACCCCGUGUCGUCC